AGGUAAUUGAAACCAACCUUAAACUCUUUUUAUCUCCACCCUAAAGGUAGCCCCGAUUAUUGCUGACUUAAGCAUCGGAGUGUCUACCCCGAGUUCCACCUCGGGGCUUUACAGAAGCAAAUGUGAUGAAAGGGGUCACUUGAGUUGCAGAAGCAGAUCUGAUAAAUUUACGCAGAUCUGAUAAAUUUACACUUGAGUUGCAAAAGCAAAUGUGAUGAAAGGGGUUUAUUCGCCUGCGAAGAAGAAAAGCUUUCACAAGAGAACAAAUGAAGGAGUAGCUUUGCACAACUAUCGAGGUAUAGUACAAUGUCAGUAAUGAGUAUUCAAGAAGCAAAAAAAAAAAAAAAGUCAGCGAAACACAGAUAACUUAGUGGGGUCCACAAAUAAAAAUAGAAAAAGAGAGCACGGGACCAUGAAAGUUCAAAAAAAAAAAAGAAAAAAAAAGUAUGAGCUCGACAAACAUGGCGCCCUCGGUGAGAAUAUGAGCUCGAGCUUGAUGGUAGCAGUAGAGCAGCCCAGCUCGGCAGCAACACAACAACCCAGCUCAGCAGCAAAGCUAGGCCACAUGGCUGCCACCACCUGCGCCAUCCGCCAACGCCUUAAGCCUUCCGACCUUCCUCACCUCUCAGCCAAAAGGCGUGUUAUUGCCCUCAAUGAGAAGCUGAGUUCGAGCUUGAUGGCAGCAGCAGAGCAUCCCAGCUCGGCAACAGCACAACAACCCAGCUCAGCAGCAAAGCUCAAAAUAAUGCUCCAGCUCGGCAGAAGCGAGGCAGUUCAGCUCGGCAGCAGUAGAGCAACCCAGCUCGGCAGCAGUAAAGUUCAAAGUAAAGCGGCCAAGCACAGCAGCAACAAAGCAGUCCAGCUCGGCAGUGCCAAAGCCCAAAGCAGCACACCAGCUUGGCAGCAGCACAACAGCCUAACUCAACAGCAACCAAACAGUCCAGUUCGGCAGCAACAAAGCAGUCCAGCUCGGCAGCGGCAAAGCUCAAAGCAGUGCACUUCCAGCCCAUCUGCACAAGUUUCACCAGAUCUCAAGAAGUAGAAUCUACUACAUUUUUGCAACCCUCUGAAAACCUACUCAAAAGUCUUUUUAGCUUUUUGGAUUUUACUGUUCUUCUUCCACAGGAUUCAAUUCUAGAUAUUGGUUUUUUGCCUUUAUAACUUUGCAUUUUGGUUUCUACUUUACAUAUAUGUAAUUAAUGAAAAUUGAUUUUGAAG